AUGCUGAACUGGCGCGAGAACAACCUGCCGGAGCUGUGGGCUCUGCUGAACUUCCUUCUACCGACCAUCUUCAACAGCGUCGACACGUUCGACCAUUGGUUCAACCAGCCGUUCGCCAGCUUCAAGGGCGGGGGCGGGGGGGCGGCGGACGAGAACGCCGCGGAAGGCGACCAGGAGAUGAUGUCCUCCGAGGAACGUAUGCUGGUCAUCAAUCGUCUCCACGCGCUGCUGCGGCCGUUCAUGCUCCGGAGGGUUAAGACGGAGGUCAUGGGACAGCUCCCGGAAAAGGUGGAGAAGGUGCUUCGGUGCGACUUGUCUGGCUGGCAGCGUGCUCUGUACAAGCAGAUACAGGAGUCAGGGGCGUUCGGCAUCGCCCAAGAACAGGGUAUCGGCAUGGCUUCGGGGAAGGGGCUCAACAACGUGUUCAUGCAGCUGCGGAAGGUCUGCAACCACCCGUACCUCUUCUUCGACGACAGAUGGCCGUCAGACCUGGACCUGAUCCGCAGCUCGGGCAAGUUCGAGCUCCUGGACCGGAUGCUGCCGAAGCUCAAGGCAGGGGGGCACCGCAUCCUUAUGUUCACACAGAUGACCAGGGACCGGGCCCACCGUAUCGGACAGAAGCACGAGGUACGGGUAUUCCGCCUGGUGACUGACAGUCCCGUGGAAGAGCGGAUCAUCUCCAGGGCCACGGACAAGCUCAACAUGACCGGACUUGUCGUUGAAGCGGGCAAGUUUAACCGUGACUCCAAGGCGGCCGAGAGAAAAGCGAUGCUCGAAACGCUCCUCCGAGAGAUGGACAACAAUGACGAGGGCACCGCGAUGGACGACAACGGGGACACGGUCGUGCACGACAACGAACAGAUCAACGAGCUCAUGGCCACGACAGCGGACGAGCUGGAGCAGUACCAGCAGAUCGACAGGGAGAGGCUGGUCACGGAGGCCGAGAUGGCGCGGGAGAAGGGGUUGAGGAGAUGGAACAGGCUCAUGCCGGCGGACGAGGCUCCUGCCUGGCUGGCACCUGGAGCCGCCGCCGCCGCCAUUGCCAAGGCCGGAGGGCGUGGCGCUGCCGCCGCUGCCGCUGCCGCGGCCAGUGAGGCGUCGGGGACGGGGGUGGGGACGGCGGCGGGGGCCGCCGGAGGGGAGUGGGGCGGUGGCGACGGGCCUGUGGCGAGCCGUGGGUCGAGGAGGAAGCGGGCGGCGGUGGACUACUGGGACGGGUUGACAGAUCAGCAGGUUCUGAAGGAGAUCAAGAAGGCCGAGGACCCAGAGGACGGUCGUCUCUGCUGCGAGCUCUACAAGAAGGUUCCCCCCCGGAGAGAGUUCAAGGCCUACUACGAGGUCAUCGAGAACCCCAUCGACCUACAGAUGAUAUCUUCGAGGGUCCGGAAGGGGGAGUACCACACCCUAGCCGCCUUCGCGUCGGACGUGAUGCUUCUCUUCGACAACGCGCGCGAGUACAACGUGGAGGGGUCUCUGGUGUACCAGGAUGCGAACACGAUGCAGUCUAUAUUCUCCAAGCACAUGGCCGACAUGUAUGCGCGGGAGUCGGAGUGGGUGGUGGAAGACAGGGACAAGGAAGCCACCGCCGCCGCCGCCGCCGCCCCCACCGCCGCUGCGAGUACCAAGAGCGGAGGAGGACAACGAGCGAAGACGGCGGCCGCUGGGGCUAGAGACGGUGCCACUGCUGCUGUAGCUGGAGAGGGAGCGGCGUUGGCAGCAGCCGCGCGCCGAAAGGAAGGAGGUGGAGAGUGGAGAGGGGGCGAUGAAGAGGGGGGCGACGAGAAGCGGCAGCCGCAAGGCGAGGGGAGGAUGAGGCAAGAGGGGGAAGAGCAACCGAAGCAAGGAAAGCGCGACAAGCGUAGACGAGUGAACACCUCUGAUGCUGCUAGUGCUAGUGCUAGAGGCCAUGGUACCGGACCGUCACGAGCUACGACCAGCAACUCGGGAAGACCAUCAGGAGGGGGGCUUCCAGACCCAGAAGGGGGACGGCGGCAGCAACAAGUUGGCCGGCGGCUUCAACAGGACAUGGGGUCGAGGUGGAGCGGGGCGGCGGCCGUACAGCUGUGCUCGUUACCGUGCACGGGCGCAGGACGAACACUACCACCACCGACACUGGCACCCCCGUAAGGUCAGGCAGGGUGAAAAAGCACGUCAGGUUUUCGCGUUCCUAGGUAGGCGGACGAUGCAUACAACAAGGAGACGCGUGUCCUUAUGUUGUUGCGAGAAAAGGGCCAGGCUCUACAGCAGUCCCCUCCAAUAUUUGGAUUCGAGUUCAUUUGAGACGCGUGUUGUUAUGUUGUCGCGAGAAAGGGCCAGGCUCUAGGAAUGGAGUUCAUUGAUUUCCCCCCAAAACACAGCGCUCCGUAGGUAGAUGUUGAAGGCGGUUCGAAAGGGACUGGGAGAGGGUGAUGUCCCAACGAGCAUCAGGCAGCGACCCCCAGCACGUGUAGUCAGGGAUGUGGAAAGGGUUGAGGCCGUGUGAUGAGUUGGACAAACAAACGAAUGUGAGAAGUUUCUGCCACUCGCGAAGAAGACGUGUGAUUCCUCUUGAUUGGGGGCGACGGGAAAUAGGGGUGGGGGGGGGGGCUUGGAGAACGGCGGCGCCUAUGAGGCAAGAGAGGUUAUUUGCCGUUUGGUACUGUCGUUUUACGGUCGUCAACAAAGCCGUUGUUGCGGGGUUGUGACGUGUGAUGCGAUGGUAUGCGGGCCAGCUGUUGCUGUGCUGCCCCCCGCCCCUCACUGCUGGCUUUGGCAAAGUUCUGGGUACAGGUACAGUACAUUCCCUUGCCUAUGUAGUCCUUGUGGCCGCGCUUUUUACGUGCUUUUUGUAUGCAUAGUGGUGGCGGUACGCUACGGGCCGUUGCCGUUACCUCGUUUGUAACGUUGUGAUCACAGUAGGGCACCCGCCUUCGACAUGCGUCCCGUGUAUCCAGCGUGUGCGCACCACGGGGCAUUUCGGCCGUAACGACGGACAAAGGAAAACGCGCUAUCUGGCUUUUGUAGUACCCGCAUGGUGGGUGCCUCUUCGCUUUGAAGGACUUUUAAGACUUACUCCAUGAUGUAGAAGUUGCGUAGUCGGCCCGCAAUUGGAAGAAAGGCGGCCGCGGUAUAUUCUCUGUUGUUUCAGCUUUACAGGGUGCGUUUUGUGUACCGACUUGAAUCCGUCCUCGCGGAUGAUCGAUCUUCUUAGAAUAUGAUGUAGAGUUGCGUAUGUAGUCGGCGCGCACUUGGAACAAAGGCGGCCGUGGUAUAUUCUCUGUUGUUUCAGCUUUACAGGGUACGUUUUGUGUACCGACUUGAGUCCGUCCUCGCGGAUGAUCGAUCUCCGAGACGUGCCAGUUUCUCCGCCGCUUCCGUUUGUUGGGGGUGCGACGGUUCCCAAGGCGGACGUGGGCGUUGUUUUUCUGGGUCUCUUGUUCUUGAGCUAUGCCGACAUGCAGAUCAGGGUUUGUUUUCGAACCGGACUGAGAAAGGAUUGAUUUACCCUCACCUUUUUGGGGUGCAACUUUCUCGACGUAUGAUCAUGCGCUUCUUUUGACAUGAAAAAUCGC